AAGGUUUCUUUGGAAUUGGAAGCAUCGAUAUUCAAAGCAGUGGAUGCUGUCUCCAAGCUACGAUGUUCCUUAGAUUGCGUUUUCACAACCGGACGAAUCGUAGAUACGCUCUCGCCAUGUUGAAAACAUCCAGCUGGAAAGGUAAGCUCCUGCCAUUGAUUCGCUACUGCAGCCUUUCCUGGGAUUGGGUAUAAAGUGAUCGUUCAACCAGGAGUCACCGUUCGGUAACCGAACUGAUCGGCUACGUAGAAGGUCUGAUGAUCGCCGUAACAUCCGUACGUGACAUUAUCUGCAGUUUUGAGCUUUGCUGGUACUGAUCGUUUUCUUUCCUGAUUUGAUAGCCGUAGCUAAAUGUACCUGGAAAAGGGCACAGUAAGGCGAUCAGAUGUAUGAAUAUGUUCCCAGAUGUAGUUAGGAUAGCUGUACUGACUUUCAUUAUUGUCCAUGUUUUGGUACGAAGUGAAAUUUCCGCCUUGUAGGGUGAUCUGUCAACCCGAUACAACCCGCCAACGCUAAGACAAACUACAAAGCCGUUAAGAAAAUUAAAAUCCAAUCCAUCAAACUUCACGAUUCUGAACACAACGCUUACCAAAAUAAAGAAGGUUUUCAUGGUGGAAGGUUUCUUGAUAUGCUUUGUCUUAAAUUUUGAGCCCACCAGAAAUGAAACAACGCUGAAUACUGAUGUUGAGAAAGGCUUCCCAUUUCAUUAUAUACCAAUCGUUGUUCAUCAAACCUUUAGUGACAUUUUUUGCAAUAUUGGUAGAAAGAAUGGAUAAAAUUCUCUUGGAGAAGAUCAAGGUCAGUACCACUAUGUGUGGGCCUUGCUUUCAGUGACUUAUUGAUUCCCCCAAUAGCAUGAUAGUCAGUCCUACGCAUGGAGUUCUACGUAUAAACUAGAGCUAUAUAAAAUGAUAUUCAUGCUAUUAGUGGUUCAUAUGUUAUACAUGCAUUAACACCUGUGCAAAUAUGAUACAAUUUCGAGUUUACCAGAAUCUUUAAAUCGUAAACAGUAUGACACUUUGCUUACGGGAUGUUUUUCAACAACUACUAAAUUUCCACAUGCCGGUUAGCAAUACGGAAAAGAAAUAUAUGAACAUUGAAUUAGUAAAGUAGAAAAUGUUUGGUACGAAACAAUAUGAAUUAACUUUAGUCUCGAUGUGAAAUAUGAAUCGGUAUCGGCAAACAGUGCUGCUAAUGAUUAUCGUCUAAUCAAGAUAUAAAACAGUUGUUCAAUUAAUGCCUGUGUUUGUUAGACCAUCGGUAAAUGGGAAACAAGAAUUUCCAUCAAAAGUUUCCAACGCAACCACGCAACGAUACACCCAGUGUCAACAAAAUGCACUCUCUGCUUAAGUUUACAUUGUUGUGCGUUGUGUUUGCUGCUCCUAAACAACGUAGUUCUAGCUUUAUGCUUUUAUGAAAUGAUUUUCCACGCCGCAGCACGUGCAUCGACCGGCGGUGGUUAAGUGAGCUCCGGUAAGUGCUUUUAAUGCGGAAUGAUAAAAUUGUUAUACGCCAUCGAGCACAUCGAGCCAAAGUCCAUCGUUUGCCUUCUCCCGUUUAUGCUAACCGAGCGGCAGCACAGGAAACUAGCGUGGAAGCGGAAUAUUUGUUAAACUAUAAACAAUGCAGACACAUUCUUGCUGCCCGUCUACCUCGCUCGCUGCUGGUGGCAUGCUAGACUUCAUUGUUUCAAAAAUGCAACACAACGCAAUCGAUGCAUCGGAACGGAUGGAUGCUUCUAGCUGACGUUGCACAAUGUUCCCGAAUAUCCUACCCCACCCGAUGGGACGUUGAAAAGCAUUACUUCAACUUUCAACGCUCACUUGCCUGCCAUGGUUCACGUAUGCAGGAUACGUACCGACCCGUAACGGUCAGCACUUUUUGUGCACUCCUCAGAGCAUCGCGUUCGCGCUGCGGUAGGAUAUAAACAGCUUUAUGAGUUCUCCUCAGCUGCAAUGUCCGAACGUUUGAUGUUGAGUUCUGUCAGGAUCUAUCACCGCGUACGCUUCCCAAACUUCCACAAUGUGUGCGAAACCGAGCAGCAAAAGCCAGCGAGGCCAAUAUCAAUUGAUCCAUAAUCAAGGUCUCUACAGAGGAGGAUUGAAGAGAACUUCUACUGGUAGUAGUGGCGUCAAUCACCAACAUCGCUUCACCGGGAGUGAACAUCAUCAGCAAGAAUGAACGAAGCGGAAUUUAUGACACAUCCGGAUUGGGUCGCUUGCCGAAGAGUAUACGUCAUAGUAACGAGCGCAGGACGAUGUUCGCUUAGCAUGUUUGUGGAAGGGAUUACAUCGACUUACCUGCACGUGUACAUGGCUACACCUACGGAAACAUUGGAGUUUGUAAUCAAAUUUGAAGCAUUGUUGCAAGUCGUGAAUGUGGGCAAUGAGCUCAUAAUUUUAUUCGAGGGCCAGGAAGUACUUGGGUAAAAUGUUGAAUUUGCAGAGGAAUUUACGAAACUCUUGAGCGAAUUCAGCUAUAUACGAGAAAAAACUUUAAACAAAAGCAAGUAACUUUUGCUUCAAUUUAACUCCACAUAGAUUCCUUUUGAAUAGUUUUUUCAUGAAUGAUUUUGAUAGAAACUAUGCCUUCAGCGGUAAUAAUGAUGUUAAUCAAGCCUACAGUGUGAUGCGCAAGACAAGAAUGGAGUUGGACUCAUCACGUAGUACUACCCGCUCCUUAUCAUGUGCUCUAGUAUGGGAAUGUUUGAGAAGGAACUUUAGAAGCUGGUGUCGAAAUUUUAUCGUAGUACAAUGAUGUUUCCCUCACAAUUAGACGUUUAACCGCGGAAACCAGGAGCUGUGUAUAACGUUUAAAAUAUUUAUUUAAACUUAGCCUUUUCAGUUCAAAGAUAGAUAAACAUUCAAGCUGAGUAAAAUAUUUAUAAAAUAUUUACAACAAGUUGACACUAUGUUUGUUGCUCUUGUUUUUCAAGGCCUGAAUUUCGUAUGAUCAACCUAAAUAAAACAAUUGUGCAAUUCCUUUCAAUUCAUUUUGAAAACCCACACCGCGCUCUUAGAUAUACCGAAGUCGCUAUAAUCAGCAACGUCCACAGGAAUUGAAUCGCAACAAAUGCAACAGUCAACUUGCAAAAUCAACAAACCGCCAAUACAAACGGACGACAUUCUUGCCGUGGUCGACCUUCAGACAGGCGCGGCAUCUUACGUGGCCAUGUGUUUAUCAAACCUCACGCCAAAACACUGAAGCGCACCAGACCAGAUCCCCGAGAUCCGGUUCAGGAAUUAGAUCAAUCCAUACCCGGGCACAAGAAUGCUGAUGACACAAGAAGAUUUACCUUUUCAAGUAAAUCCCCCAAUCCUCGUCCAAAUAAACCACUUCCAAGCAAAACAGCCAUAUACUAGGAAGGGACACAAAUAUGCCAAAAAAUUUGGCAAAUAUUGACUCAAAAUCUAUCCCCGUACACGACGCCAACGAUCGGCAAGGCUUUAAAUUCACCGUCAAGCCAACCUAUGCAUCCCAGUACAUACGCAACCGUCAAACGGUGCACCACCGAAUCUUACGAACCGGCCCCGGACAGGUUCCUGACCUUCACUAGCCUGUGGCGCGCGAGUACUCUCACUCUUUACGCGUUUGAUUUGCUUUCUACGUGAGGCGCGACGCGUCAUCUUCGGCACGGUGUUAAUCGACAAAAGGGGGAGGGUGCUUCAACCAGUGUUCCACGCGUUAGGCAAUCGGGCCGUUUAAGGUCCACGCCGAGUGUGUUUUUCACGGUCAAUCGAAGGUGUUAAUGUGCCCGGCAAGAUGCGGCCAGUGAGUUUAAGCAUUCUUUUUGCAGUAACAGUCGCUGUGUCGGCCUCCGACGAUGCGUUCAACAUUGAGCUGAAACAGAAGGACGCCGAAGUGUACCAUGAGCAGAGCUUUGGCAAAAAUGAGUUCAAUUACGGGUAUCAGGUGGAGCGCACCAACAGCCAAUUUCAGCAUAAGGUCAAGGGUCCGGAUGACGUAACGUACGGUUGCUACGGUUAUAUCGAUCCCGUCGGCGAAAAGCAUCUCGUGUACUACAUUGCCGAUCGGCUCGGCUACCGGUUGCUGGCACCGGACCAGCCAACGAAAGUGUUUACCGACCGCGUCGCAAACAGCGUCAAUAAGCUGGAUGCUGAUCUUCAGGGCCGAAAGCUAGACGAGAAGGUCGUCGCAUGGAAUGAUCUUUACCUUCCCUCCACCUGUCGGCGGUUGGAUGAGAUCGUAAGCAUUACGCCACCACCGACCACGGCUGCCCCAGUUCUGCCGCCGGUAAAUGGAGGAGCAAAUGGGGACUUUUCCAAUGGUCCAAAUGGAGCGGGUCCAAUCGGAACAUCUCAGCGACCGGUAGGAAGUGGCAGUGCUGGAUCAUCUAGUGGAGAUCAUCAAGAUGACAACAACAAUAACGGUGGAAGUUCUUCGGAAGUUGGUAAACUGCCAACUAUACCGGUUGUAGAAGAAUCCACUCAAUCGAACCUUUCAAUUUCUGGAGGAAUUCCGAGCUCUACGACUACGGACAAUCCUUCAGGAAAUGGGCAAAAAGAAACAAAUGAUCAUGGUAAAGGAUCGGAAGAAAUCAAAGAUCUUCCCAGUAGUGAUCUUCUACGAUCGACCACGGUCCAUUCCGUUUCUAUUGCCUCAACCACUCCAAACACUCCUUCAGUUCAGAAUGUCACCCCUCCACAUGAACCUACUCCUGCUCCUAAACAAAUCGAUCCCGUGAACAUUCCUCCUCGUACGACUUAUCUUCCCAUAACUUCAACACCCCGUUCUCCCAUUAUUCGUGUGCCAGAUCAACCCACUCCCCUCCCUGCGAACACUCCUUCCCAACCCAACUGCAGGUCCGAUUCGUCCGGUCCGCGUCCCAAAUAUCCCGGCUCCACCAUUGCCCAGUUCAACGGGUUCGUGUUCCCGAUCAAUCGUAACUGCGACGACAGUGGCCGCAACACGGCCGAUCUGCUCGCACAGAUGCAAACACUCAACGAGAUGGUCCUGAAGGUGAGCAAUACCCUGCACGCACUGGUCGAAACCGAUCGCAACCGUGCCGCGGCAAACGAGACGUGCGAGCGGGUGCUGGAGCUGCUCAACAUCCAGCAGCCGGUGCCGCUGCUAGUGUACGUGCCGAUCAUGGUACCUUACCUUGACGGUGGCAUUCAGCAUGGUGGUGGUGGUGGUGGUGUGCAGCCACCGGUCAACCCGGCUAGCUACGCGUACGCCAAGACGUGCAGCGAGUGUCGGUAGACGGGGUCACGGGUGCGAUAGAAAGGGGCGGCUCAAUUAUGUUGACAUUUUCCUCUCUAUUGGUUGGGAAGGUCUCUUUCACCUGUUGUUUAUUUGUGUGUUGCAUCAAUCAUAGAGUCGUUAGGUGUAUUGUAUGAUAUUUUGACAUUUUUGUACGGCAAUUUGUGUUGAGUAAUGGGAAAGGGAACGGAUUUUAGGAGUGGGUAAAUUAUUUAAACUAAUUACUUCUUGCAGUCUAUUUGAGCAGUCUGUAAAGCGAGGAAGGCCGAUAUGUGCAAUUGUUUAAAUAAAAAUUGUAAAUAAAUCAA